AUGGAUUACCACUUUCACACUUUCUUCACCCUAGCAUGUGAGCAGCCACCAGAGAGGAUUGCUCCAGUGCUACACGUACUUUUGGACUACGAUGCCGAUGUUGCUGACGGAUGGGGUGGGAAUGCUGGUGCUUUAUACGCAGCCAUUAUUGGAGGUCAACCCAGAGGCGUUAUCGAGAAUGUGCUGGCAUGCCAUUCAUCGCAACAUGUUCCACUUAACCAGGGUCAUGUGGGCGCAGCCAUACAUCGUGGUGACCAGGAAAUCCUUACGUUACUCUUUUCGAGCGGGAAAGUCAGGUUCGAGGUUGCAGUGGCUGAGGACUACGUCGAACAAGCAGAAAAGACGGGGGAUAAGGCCAUCAUUGCUCUUGUUCGGGACUGGGCGGAGAAGAAGUCUAAGGCAGAUGGUGAUACACAGAGGCUGUGGUCGAGAAGAUGGCGAAAACUGCUGCGUUUUAGAUGA